UUGAACAGUGUAUCGAACUAAAACGCUUGAAUGAAAAGUCAUUUCAGUAACCGCCCAAUGUAGCUUUCGUUUACCGGAAUAUAUGUUAUACAGGAUGCAAAGAUUGGUGUUUCUUGCUUUCGUGGUGCACAGGGCGCUAGCAGUCGCCCCAGUAUUUACCACACCGGACCCAAAUCCUGCAAACGCUGCUAAUAAGAUAUUAAUGAGUGAACUAAAGAAAGGAGGCGACAUAGUUCUGACGCUAGCAGCCACCGAUGCGGACACCCUGGUAGCGUCCUUGACCUACACAAUGGAUACUUCGGCACAAGCAACAAAAGAUUUGUUUGAAAUACCAACAAAUACCAACACCCUGAAGGUAAAAGCCGGAGUUAUAGAAGGAACGUUUGAUUACGAUCAGACUGGGGCUACGAGGGAGUACCCUAUUGAACUACAGGUAUCAGAUGGCACUGACACUACAUCAUUGACAACAAAAAUAUUGAUACAGGACGUAAAUGACAAUAAUCCAGUUUUUUCCGGAUUAGAGCCUUAUACCGGCAAUGUGCUUCAGUCUACAACUGGAGGUACAAUCGUGUAUAGUGUGACCGCCACAGAUGAUGAUGGUACAAACACUGAUAUUACCUAUGCGCUGGCUGGUGCACCUGAGUUUGUUAUCAAUAGUAAUACUGGAGAUAUAUCGGUGGCUGCAAAUGUUGUGCUUAACCUGGCAACGACAUAUUCCAUCACCGUCACCGCAACUGAUAACGGGAAUCCCCCAAAGGCUACAGCAAUAACUAUCACAUUUACUAUUGUCACAAAGCCAAUGUUUGUGAACCUGGCUUCCGAUACGACGAAAAGUAUAGACGAGAAUGUUGGUGUUGGUAUCACUGUUUUUACCGUUACGGUCAGCGAUGAGGAUACACCUACUGGUCUUACCGUUUCUAUAAUAAGUCAGUUACCCGAUGAUGACAGGUUUGAAAUGGACGGAAACACACUGGUAACUAAGAACGAUCUAAACGCGGAGUUACAUCGAUCGUACACUAUUAAAUUUCGGGUGUCUGAUGGAACAUAUACUACAGACAGCGCAGAUCUUACUGUCUCUGUUAAUGACUUGAACGACAAUACUCCCUCUAUUACGUCCGUAUCUGCCGUCACAAUUCCGGAAAACAAGGCUGUAUCCUCAACGUCGGUAGUUGUUGAUAUAGCUGCAACAGAUAAUGAUGCUACAUCACCCAAUAAUGAUUUGACAUACUCUAUAAUUUCUGGAAACACUGGAGGUUUAUUUGGAAUCAUCCCCGCAACUGGCGUAAUCUAUCUAACAACAGCUCCCAGGUCUAUGUCUGUGAGCCAGUAUAUUCUAAAGGUCAGUGUCGCGGACAAAGGAACACCAUCUAAUUCAGCUUCUAUUGAUGUUACGGUGAACAUUGAUCCUAACACAGUGAAUGAAUGUUCAAGCAACCCAUGUAGGAACAAUGGCGUUUGCACUUCAUUUGUUAAUGAAUACUCGUGCGCAUGCGCAAAUACAGGCUUUACUGGAGCUAACUGUGAGACUAAUAUUAACGACUGCACGAGCACUUCGUGCAAGAAUGGCGGAACGUGCAUAGAUGGUGUUAAUACUUACAGCUGUAACUGUGCUGCAGGGUAUAUAGGAACGACAUGCACACAAGCUUGUACGAGCAAUACAUAUGGAAUUGGGUGUGCGCAAACUUGUAACUGUAAUGCAUCAAGACUGGUCGAAAAUGUAGGAGCACAGCAGUGUAAUCACGUGACAGGGGCGUGUACCUGCAAUGCAAAAUGGACAGGAAAUGAUUGUCAAACUGAUGUUGAUGAAUGCACGACGAAUGCUAACAUUUGUACCGCAAUUGCAAACCAGGCUUGUGAAAACACCAUUGGAAGCUAUUAUUGCACUUGUAAACAGGGGUACAGGAGCACAACAGACAACACAUGCGAGAUAAGUACAUCAACUGAAACAUUGAAUGCGGGAGCAAAUGAAUUCAAGGCAACAGUGGCAAUGACGUUGGACAAAGCCUGUGUAGCAAAGGAUCUGGAAGUACCGUCUAAAUAUGCUGCAUUAAAGGCGGCCUUAGAAUCAAUGUUGCAGUCAAAAGUUUCACCAACACUACGUGUCCUUGUUUCUAAUAUUAGGUGUGGCUCAGUACUUUUCGACAGUAUCAUCAUAAUAAGUAACACAGAGGCUGCGAAGUCUCAGCUUGCCAGUGAUCUUCAAGAUUUAAGGAAUGGUGAGACAGCAGCUGUUGAUGGAGUGAACACAAAAGUCACCGCUAUGACAGUAAACGGCAACACAGUGGGAGUAACUUCCGGCACGAGUAACACAGGAGCAAAAGUGUGUCAGGUGUAUUCAACAUACGUCACGUGUCCGACAGGUCAGACGUGUCAGUACGUAGAUAGUACGGCAGCAUGCAGAACUAUACCUGAAGAAGACGACGACAAUCUUGAUUUGAUAUUAGGCCUUGGACUUGGUAUAGGUCUACCUCUUAUUUUGAUUAUAAUCAUAACGGCCAUUGUUUGUUUCUGGAUGAACAAUAAAGAACAGUACGAGAAAAGGCGAAGGAGGUAUGUGUCGGGGCGGGACAGUUAUGUAAUGGACUGGAGAGAUGACAACAGACGAUCAUAUGACCGUCCGAGGAGCGACCGUUAUGACUAUGUAGAUAAAAGGGACUUUUAUGGACUUUCUACUGACGGUUAUCGUUUCUAGAUAGAUAUUCAAUUUUGAGGUUCUGCUGGACUUUUAAAAGAGAUUAGUUACGGAAGUUAAGAGAUUAGAUGCGGGAUGUUAAAGUAAUAUAUCUAAGCGACUUUUUUAAAUAAAAAAAUGUGUAUCUUUGUAAUACAUGAUGAAGUUUUCCACAACUGGUUUUACGAAACCUGAACGUUUUGACUUCGGAGCUGACAUUUCGUGUUUUCGGGCAACAGAAACGAAAUAAACAAGAGACUGGGUGUGUCAGGACAAUUUCGAUGAUAAGUGAAUUUAUUUUUUGUAACAUACAAUGAUUAACCUAGUGCCUUUAUCAACACUGAGGCUGUGUGAAAAGUGUGAAAUAUGCAUGUUGUACAUUAUCUUUGGCAAUAUAUUUAUUAUAGGCAUUUUGUAUCAUACAUGAAUGAUGAUACUAUUUUUAGCCCGACAAUCGAAGAAUAUGUAGAACUAUUGGACUCGUCGAUUCGUCGGCGUCCACGUUCCCGUCGGCGUCCCGGUUUUAGUAAAGUUUUUGUAUUUAAGCUUGUAUUUCAGGACCAACUAAUGGGAAUGGAUUGAAACUUCACACACAUAUCCACUGUGAUGAUCUGACACGCAUUGUACAGGAUCCAUAACUCUGUUUUGCAUUUUUACAAAAUUAUGCCCCUUUUUCGACUUGACAAGGCUGUUGAAUAGUCGAGCGUUGCUGUCCUUCGACAGCUCUUGUUUUCUUUAGUUCUGGGGGUGGGGGGGAUUUAGAAUAUAUUAUGACUUGUGUAAGUUGAACGUAAAGAUAUGAAAUAAUAGUUUUGUAUUUAUAAACAAGAGGGAUUUAAAAGGGCUACAUCUAGCUAUAUAAAUGGAAACUGCCUUUAUUAAGCAUACUUUAGUAAGAUUUAAUUUGUCAUUUGCAAUGCACACAAUAGUCGAUAUAUCAUUCAAGAUCAGAAGGAGUAGCAAUAAAUAUGUAUCAAAAAUGACAGGUGUUCAAACACGUUUCAAAAUUUUGGCAUUUAUUUUCCUUCACUCUCAGUAAGUCUUUAAAUUAAAUAUUUAAGUAAGGUUUUUGUGCAUUGAGCUAAGGGGCGUAUGAUUUGUCUUUUUGUUUAUAUCAGGUGAUUAAAAUAAAGUUGUAGAAUUUUUCAUUUGAGCUUUCUUAGAGCCUUAGUCGUCAUAAAAUGAUUUUGUUAAGUAUAUUUCACAUUAUCUAUUUAAAACUGAGACGAGUCCAGCGAACUAUGUUAGGUUUGGAAUAAUUUUACGCUCAAUUUCAAACGUAGACACAUAAACAUCUCAUACUUAUUUACUAUAAAAACGGAUAGAGAGUUAAAAAAAAAACAUUUGAGCCGUGCCAUGGGAAAACCAACAUAGUGGGUAUGCGACCAGCAUGGAUCCAGACCAGCCUGCGCAUCCGCGCAGUCUGGUCAGGCUCCAUGCUGUUCGCUUUUAAAGCCUACUGGAAUUGGAGAAACUGUUAGCGAACAGCAUGGAUCCUGACCAGACUGCGCGGAUGCGCAGGCUGGUCUGGAUCCAUGCUGGUCGCAUACCCACUAUGUUGGUUUUCUCAUGGCACGGCUCAUUUCAGUUUCUCGAUUAAUGGGCAUUGUUAGAUCAAAUACUAUUGCAAUUCAAUGUGUUUAGGCGUUUAUUGACUACUAUCAAUAGCAGAGAUGAUAUUUCUUCUUUAAGAUAUAUUUAAUUUUUAUUGUCAGAAUUUAUUGUCCAACAAAAAAAUCAGUCUACAGCGGUUUUCCUGCAGUGACAUAGAAGUGUUUCAUGUCACAGAGACCAGUCCGAUUACUAACCUUACUUUCAUCGUUUACCUUACCCAUUUUUGAGGUUACGUUUACAGUCAACUCUUUGAUGUAGGCCAGAUUCUUAAUUGACAUUUCUAUGAAUACGAAUAUAAAAUAUAAUGAUUACGUUUUUGUUCGAUAUUUCCGUUAACUAAAAGACAAAAUAGCUUCAAUAUUUAAAAAUGCUAGAACAUGCAAAUUUAUUAAAAUGACGUAAUACUAUGCAUUAUCCCUAGUGUCAAUAGAGUCACAAAAAUAUCUUCGAAUGUUUGAAAAAAAAGUCAAGGUGCGCUAUGUCCUGAAUUCGUGCAUGUGUUAUUUUUUUCUGUGCCAUACCAUUUUAUGUACGGCUCGUGUCGUAAAAAACUGAAGCAAGGCUUAAAGUUGUAUUCGACACGAGCCCGUCCAAGAAAAAGUCACACGCACUUUUUAUGUGUGCCAAUAACACCGUGUAUUUCUGACGGAACUGUCUUUUUUACAUGAUAUUUUUGAUAUAAAUUCGUAUAUAUAUGCUCAUACAUGCGUGACAACCAAGCUUUAAACAAGGGAUUAAACUGCUAAGCAUAUAUUAUAUACGAAAGUGAUAUAAACUUGAAGUUUUGAAUGUACAGAAAUUAAGUCAUAAAUCACAAUUUAUUUUCUUGCAGCAUUGUAUCUGCUCAAAUUGCUUGUAUGACUUGUAUGAAUGAUUGAGGUUUUAAAAAAAUAUUUUUCAUGUACGCAAGGUAUUUGUGGUAGUAUAUCUAAAGAAGAAGCUUUAGCAAUAUAUACAGAUAUCGUAUGUAUUACAUUUCAAAACUUUUUAAUCAAUAUUAUUUUACUUGAUAAAUUCUAUACUAUUCUGAGUAUAUUCAACAGACUUCAUGAAUUGUUUUUGUAAAAGAUUCUGAGCUUAAUUAUGUCUCCCACCACAUAGUGGUGUGGGAGACAUAUUGAUUUACUCCUGUGUGUCUGUGUGUCUGUCACAAAGCUUGUCCGCACUCUAAGUCGAACAUUUCUCAUCUGGAUCUCCAUCAAACUUGAACAAAAUGUGUGUGCCAAUAUGUCCUCGGCCAAGUUCGAUAACUAGCUUAAUCGGCCCAGGCACUUCGGAAUUAUGGCCCUUGAACAUAAUCACCGAUACACAGAUGUAGGCCGGUUACUCCAACAUGUGAAUACCAACAGGCCGCUUACUGCAACACGUAAACAGUAUAUAAAGACAGACUUACUAUUCAGAUGAUUAGGCAGUUGUGGGAGACCUGCGCUUUUCUCAAAAGCACCUCUAGUUUUUACAUUCUUUUACAUUUAUUUACUAAAGAAAAACGUUUCCUUCUAAAUUUUGAAAAUCAUGACACCAUUUCGAAGGCAUGCUCCCAUAAAUGUAUAUUAUUUUAAUUUGAUAGCAUCCUUAAAAUUUUGUUCAGAGAGGUCACUGAUUGCAUAAGGUUUAUAUGAGAAUGACCUGAGUAGCUUAGACGCAGAAUUUUAUUCUAAAAUAUUCUAUAUAAUUCAGGUCAGAAUUACAGCAAUUGAAGUUACUCUGUUUUCUGUAUACAUAACAUUCGGGCUAUGACAAUGUUGCCAAAUCUGCAAUAAUUCAAAUUAUUCAAUUAUUCAAACAAAAAUGGCGGUCUAUCAGUGAAUGGAAAAAGAACGAAACAAUGGUAACAUAGUGCAAUAUGCCAAACACGCGAUACAGAUUACUCAUAAAUCAAAUAAUUUCUAUUUUAUGCAACAGUCAAAAGUGCUGUAAAAUUGAAAUUCUUUCUGUUCAACCAAUGAGUUGUCUACAUAUCGCGGCCGUUCUUUCCUCAAGUUAUAAAACACUUUUCACUUUAAUUUAUUAUGUAAAGUUAUGUUAACAUAUUAGCAUGUAUUCUUCGUUUCUUCGUAGCAAACUGCAAUGAAACAUAUCUUAAAACUAUGUGGGAUAUUUUGAUCGUUUAUUGAACAAUAAGUUUGAAGUGGUUUACUAUUUAUAACUUUAUUUAAUGCGGGAGUGAAUAAAAUCUUUGGAUUUUUAUAAACCAA